AUGGAGCCCCCGGACUCCCGGACCCGGGCGCGCAGGGCCCCGCGGCUGCUGUUGCUCGCACUGCUGUUGGCGGCGCCCCCAGGUGCACAGGCCAAGAUGCAAGUGUCGGUGCCUCCCCUGGUGGAGGUGAUGCGUGGGGACCUGGUCACCCUGGACUGCAAGCCCCAUGUGUCCCAGAACCGCUAUGUCCUGGAGUGGUUCUUGACAGACCGCUCUGGAGACCGGCACCUAGUGGCCUCAGCUGAGCCCCAGGGCUCGGAGUUAAGGGGCACUGUGCAUAACUCCUGGGGCCGCAGCCCCCCGUACCAGCUGGACUCCCAGGGGCGCCUGAUAAUGCCCACGGCCCAGGUGAGCGACGAACGGGACUAUGUGUGUGUGGUGAAGGCAGGGGCAGCGGGCACUGCUGAGGCCACCGCCCGGCUCCGCGUGUUCGCCAAGCCAGAGACCACCGAGGUUUCCCCCAACAAAGGGACCCUGUCUGUGAUGGAGGAGACGGCUCAGGAGAUUGCCACCUGCAACAGCCUGAAUGGCAACCCGGUCCCUAAGAUCACCUGGUACCGGGACGGGCAGCGCCUGGAGGUGCCCACAGAGGUGAACUCAGAGGGCUACAUGACCACCCGCAGGGUGCGGGAGGCCUCGGGCCUCUUUUCCCUGAGCAGCACGCUCUACCUGCGGCUCUACAAGGCCGACCGAGACGCCCGCUUCCACUGUGCGGCCCACUACAGCCUGCCCGACGGCCUCCACGGCCGCCUGGACAGCCCCGAGUUCCGCCUCAUUCUGCACUAUCCCACGGAGAAGGUGAAGUUCGGGGUGGGCAGCCCGGCUGCCGCGGAGGGCUGGGUGCUCGAGGGUGACUCCAUUCAGUUGCUCUGCCAGGGGGACGGCAGCCCCAGCCCGGAGUACACAUUCUUCCACCUUCAGGGGGAGCACGAGAAACUGCUGAACAUGAAUCUCGAGGGGAACCUCACCCUGACGGGGGUGCACCGGAACCAAAGCGGGAGCUACGGCUGCAGAGUAGAAGAUUACGACGCCCCUGAGGACGCCCAGCUCUCCCAGACUGGGAAGCUGCACGUGGCCUACCUGGACCCCCUGCAGCUGAGUGCGGCUGAGGAGCUAUCCCUGUUACAGGGCAGCAACACCACCGUGAACUGCUCUGCCCACGGCCUGCCCACCCCUGCCCUGCGCUGGAUCAAGGACUCAACACCGCUGGAGGACGGCCCCAUGCUUCCGCUCAACUCCGUCACCUUCGACUCCAUGGGCACCUAUGUGUGUGAGGCCUCCGUGCCCACCAUGCCCCUGCUCACCCGCACUCGAACCUUCCAUCUGCUGGUCCAAGGGACCCCAGAGUUAAGGGCAGAAGAGAUUGAGCCCAAGGCAGAAAGUGGCUGGAGAGAAGGGGACGAAGUCACGCUGGUCUGCUCUGCCCGCGGCCACCCGGUGCCCAAGCUGACCUGGAGCCAGCUGGGAGGCAGCUCAGCAGAGCCAGCCCUCAGCGGGCAGGGCUGGGUGAGCAGCUCCCUGACCCUGAAGGUGACCAGCACCCUGAGCCGUGAGGGCGUCUUCUGUGAGGCUGCCAACCCCCUCGGGCAUGCCCGGCAUGUCUUCCACUUCGGCAACGUGGCCCCCCAGACCGCUCAGGCCGGAGUGGCCGUCAUGGCCGUGGCCGUCAGUGUGGGCCUCCUCCUGCUCGUCGUGGCAGCCUUCUACUGCAUGAGACGCAAGGGGCGCCCCGGCUGCUGUCGGCGUGGGGAGAAGGGGGCUCCGCCACCUGGGGAGCCGGAGCUGAGCCGCUCAGGGCCCGAGCAGACCGGCCUUCUCAUGGGAGGCGGCUCUGCAGGAGCUAGGGGUGGCAGCGGGGGCUUCGGAGAUGAGUGCUGAGCUCAAGGAACUGAGAAGCAGUCCCAGGCCCAGAAUAGGGGCCUUGGAGAAGCAGCGCCCGCCCGCCUGCCUCGCCUGCCCCUUCCUUCUGCCUGCUGGGCCCUCCCUUCCUUCCUCUGCCUGCCGGGCAGGGACCCGCAGCCAUGGGCCUCCCGGAGGUGGGGGCGGUGGGGAGGGGGAGGCGCCAGAGGCCGGGUGGCUGGGAGGGAGCCUUCCUGCAGCCACUGUGACUCUCCCAGGCCCCAGAAUAGCUCCUGGAGGCCAGCCCAGGGCCCGGCCUGGGAGCAGGCACCGAGGGUCGACUGGCCGCCACUAUUUUUACCUCCUGCCUCUCUUGCUGGCCGCCCCCCCACACCCACCUGCUGCAUAGUCGGACACUGGAUCCCCGCUCCCACCCUCGCCCCUACCCCAUCAUCCAUGGACACUGGAGUCUGGAAUAAAUGCUGUUUCACAUCGA